GGCCACAUUAACUCUCCAGUUAACGAAACGUUUCAAGGACCUUAGCAGCUAACGUUAGCCUACUGGAGCUAGUCCAUCAUGCUAGCACUUAGCCAUCACGGCUAAUUGUUUGCUGGUUUCACAAUCAUGCAGUUGUGUUUAUUCUGGUGUCUGGGUCGUGCUUUUGCCUUACACUUUAUGCCUGGAAACUUCCACGAGCAAGAUCAGCUCUCAAGUGAACAUGGGUGGCGGUCACUUUGGAGACUUGGCCAAGAUCAGGCAUGUGAUCACAUACAGCCUGUCCCCAUUUGAGCAGAGGGCUUUCCCCAACUACUUCUCAAAGGGGAUCCCCAAUGUGUGGAGACGAUUCACAGCCUCUUUCUUCAAAGUUGCUCCACCAAUGGCCCUCAUGUACGUGACAUACACCUGGGGCAACAGUGUCCACAAGCAGAGCAAGAGGAAGAAUCCAGCUGACUUUGAGAAUGACGAAUAAACAGCUGCCACCUUUCUGAAAGCUGUCCUCUUAUUAUUAGUUUCAAUCUGUAUGUUUCACCAAUAAAGAUGACAAAUAUUUAUGUGAAA